GGUUUUCCUUUCUUGAUGGGUACCCUCCACGGAUUCGUUGGCCUUUUGUUUGGCCUUCAGAUCGUCACACAUGCAAUGGGCUUUAGUAGUGGGGGAUUCUUUCAGUCUUGCGCUUCCCUGUUGCCUAACCAUACAUUCGAUGGUGAAGUUUUUCUUCCACAGAACAGCGAACAACCGUUUGAGGUCAUUGCCAUCGCCGGUGAGGGGGAGUCAAUUAUGGUGAGUCUAGGAAUCAGGGUGUCUCCUGGACCAAUUCCACCAUUUACAGGGUUCAUGGUGGAUGUCCGGAAGUCAGAAAUAGAUCCAGCCAAAGGAAGUUUCGUUGAGUUUGGUCAAGGAAGUACUGGCUUGACGUGCAAUGGCAUUCAGGAUUCUGCUGUUACUCAAGACUCAAACGUUCCGAAGACUUUUGUUCAAGUUAAAUGGCAAGCACAGGAAAAUGGAUCCUCUUCAUUCUUUUUGCGAGCCACAUUUGUUCAAAAUUUCACCACAUUUUGGAGUCCAGUGAAUGUCCCUAUACAGACACCAGCUUCAACAACACAGCCACCAACUACAACACUAACUUCCAAGCCCAGUACAGAACAACCAAGUACAGACCAACCAAAUACAGAACAACCAACUACACAACAAACAAUAACAGAACAACCAACUACAGAACAAACAAGUACAGAACAACCAAGUACCGAACAACCAAGUACAGACCAACCAAAUACAGAACAACCAACUACACAACAAACAAUAACAGAACAACCAACUGCAGAACAAACAAUAACAGAACAACCAAGUACAGAACAACCAAGUACCGAACAACCAAGUACAGAGUUACCAAGUACCAACCAACAAAGUACAGAACAACCAACUACAGAACAAACAAGAACAGAACAACCAAGUACAGAACAACCAAGUACAGAGUUACCAAGUACCAACCAACCAAGUACAGAACAAACAAGUACUACAAAUCCAAAUCCUCAGAAGUUGAUCUUUGCCCUGUCCAUUUCUUCUCUGGCUCCAGCCAGUUUAAAUAAUUUGACGAUACAGACGGCUAUUGAAAAGGCUAUAAGGGCACUUAUUAAUGAGACCACGGGUAGUGACCUUUCCUACAAGGUCCUAACGUUUAAAAUCAAAUAAGAACCACAAAUAAAACCUUCCAUUUACAUACUUGAAGACUUCUAAGGAUUACAAAUGGAUGGUUUGAGGUUAUUACACAACUGGACCUUUCAUAUAUUUAAUAAUAAAUGAUUAAUUAGAAUUUGCCACCAGUAAUAACAGAUGAUUAAAAUUGUUGGAACAUAUAUGCUUUCUUUAUACAGAGACUGCUGUCAUUGUGAAAAUUAUAGGCAUCAUAUUGAAAGGAAAUAUAGCUGUAGUGGGCUCUGCUCUAUUAAAUGUUGAUGAUUGUGUUGUCAGUGUUGAACAAAUCUCUACACUUGUACCUUCAAUAAUAUCUGUUUUUCCGGCAAUAACAAUAAUAAUUAAUAUGACGACAUACAGGGAAUACUCAAAAACGGCUAGUCUGAACUUCGUUUUUUCCAAGGUGGAGCAGAAUGCCUAGUGCUAGUUUUACACCCAACGAAAUUUCUAGCUACUGGGGGAGCAUAGGUAGGCUAGCGGAACUUAUAAUAAUGUUAGGAAACCUCAGAAAGUGAAAUUUUCCUGCCAUGGGAUCUUUGAGCGACUUUGAGGAUUUAGAUAAGCGCUAUAUAAGUUUAAUGUAUUAUUAUUAUUGUUAUUAUUAAUAUUAAUAGUGACUUUCAUUUACUUUAUAUACUGCAUGGGAUGUUUGAACAUAUUAUUAAACAGGAUACAAGUCUCGCGCCCCGUACUCCGCUCGACUGCA